AUGAACACUGUUAUCAAGGCGUAUUCACAGUCAUCCAAUCCUGGAAAUGCUGUGGAGUUAUAUUUCGAGAUGCUACGGAGAGGGUUCUUACCGAAUAGCUACACGUUCCCACCAUUGGUGAGCUUGUGCGCGAAGAAGGGGUGUGCGGAUGAUGGUGAGAAGUGUCACGGGCAGGCGGUGAAGAAUGGGGUCGAUGCGGUUGUCCAUGUGAGGAAUGCUUUGGUGCAUAUGUAUGCAAACUGUGGGCUCGUGGGAUGCGCUCGGCAGGUGUUUGAUGCAAUGCCUGUGAGGGAUUUGGUUUCUUGGAACUCGAUUGGUGAUGGGUAUGCAAAGAUGGGCGACUUGGUUAGUGCCCGCAGUUUGUUUGAUGUAAUGCCGGAGAGAAAUGUGGUUUCUUGGAAUGUCAUGCUUGUGAGGUAUUUGAGAGGGGGGAAUCUGGGUUGUGGUCUGAAGCUGUUUCGGGAGAUGGGAAGGGUGGGAAUGAGAUCGAGCCCUACGACAAUGGUGAGUGCGGUUACAGCAUGUGGUCGGUCAGCUAGGCUUAAGGAAGGGAGAAGUGUUCAUUGGUUUUGGGUGAAGAACUUCGUAGAGCCUAGUUUGACUGAGGGUGCUAUUAAUGCAACUUUUGUGGAGGCCAUCAGGCCCCAUGUUCUAGCACUUUGGAGCAGCCCUUAUGGAAAGAAAGUCCUUUCAAGCAACAACCCAAAGAAGUAA